ACAUAACAACAAUAACAAAAUUCUCAACACGCACGACAAUCUACCAAUUUGAACAUUAUUUUUGGAACGAAAUUUAGCAUUUAUUUAGUCUUCCGCAACGUAGAAAUAAUGUAGUAUGCAUAUGAUUGUUUCAUUUAUCGUUCAAAACGCGCACGGGUUUAUUUCUCUUGAAUCCGGUUAAUCAUUCUUGGGAUAUCUUCUAAUGAUGUUACAUGUACUCAGCGGCUUCAUCAUCUGCAACAAGUAACUUUUUUAGUUUGUUUCCCAUUUGAUCAAGAUGUCGGUUGACUUGAAGCAUAGUUUAAGGAAACUAGAGUUUCCCACCUGUGUGAGGGAAGCGCUCAAUCAAUUGGAGGGUUUGUGUGCCUCUCAAAGUGUCGGCCGAGUCAACAUCAAACAGGCAGAUUUGGCCAUGGAAAUAAUUGCUGAAUUUGUAUUUUGUGAGACUGAUAGGGGACGAGCUAAAAAGCAGAAACUAACCUGUAUCCAGCAGUUGCAACUGUUAGAAGUUUUAAGUGAUUAUUUUUCCUAUCUAUCUAAUGGUCAUGAGUCCGCAAGAAACACAGUUUUUAUGCUGCUUUUUCCAACAACACAUUUAGAACGAGCUGGAAUCUUAGUCAAGUUUGUUUCCAUGGCGAUUGCAAUAAAAAAUCACCAAGUUCUGGCAUCAACUGGUAUCGUGAUGCAGCAAGUAGGUUGCGGUUCCAAAUUUAGUGCUGAUCUAGCCGAAGGGCUAGUCGAAGAUUAUUUUAUUUUGUUACCUAAGGUUCAAGCAAUGCUCGAUGAUUUACCAGUGACAGCUCCCCUGUUCACAGCAAAUUUAUUAACUGCUCUGACCGAAUUGUAUGGUAGUAUAGAUAAAUCUGCAGUUCCUGAAAAUCUGGUAGCACUAAUUACAAAGUGGUUAACGGAACAUCCAUCACUUUGUUAUACUGCCAUUAUCACCAAUCUGCAACCUGCGCUGCCUUUAGGAGGAAUACCAAUGCCUGCUUUAACGCCUUAUGUUGGUCUUCUGAAAUGGUGUAUAUGCUGCCCUUUAAAUAACAAUACCUCUAGCUUGUAUUCACAGCUACAUCUAGCAUUACUACAGAGCCUAGAGGAAAGUUUCCAUUCCGAAUUGAUACCUCAGCCACGAAACAUCAUACCUGUUCAAAUUCUGUCAAGUUUUAUACCUAUUCUAGUCAACAAAGUUAAACAGUUGAGCAAGCAGCAUCCAAAUGACUCAGAAGUGGAGAAAAAUAUUCAGUUAUCAUUAGACAGGUUAGCACAAGCAAUACAAGUAGCUUUGGCAACGGAGUCACUUUUUGGGAACAAAGAGGACCUUUUAAAUCGAUUGGAAGUUCUUGCAAAAAGAAAUCGUCUCCUGGAAAUAGUUCUGAAAACCCACCAAACCAAAAGUUUCACCAUUGAAACCCCCUUCGUCUAUGUGUAGCUGCGAACAUCCAUUGUAAGUUGAAGCCACAUACUCAAUGCCUAGUUUUUCUUUGCACUUGACAAAAUUGAAAGUCUUAGGUCCAUGCAUUUUAUGUCGGUUUGUAAGGCAUGAUUCUUAUCCGCCAGCUCCAGCUCCAAAGUCAACAUUUGGUCUUCCAACUCAUUGUAACAUGCCCUGUGAAAAAGUGAAUGAAGACCUCUAUCAUUUUAACUCAGAGCAGAAGCAAUUAUUGUUCCUUCUUUAUACCUAUUGAUUUCUUUAGCACCAUAAUGUCUGGUAUGUAAUCCCUUUUUUCAAGGCAAGGCUCUCUUCAGGAUUCAAGCUUGAAUCAAGACACUCCAAUUUUUUGCUCACUCGCCCCCCCCCCCCUUUAGCAGAUUUCUUUGCAAUUAAGCAUUUAGAUUAUGCUUUACUGAAAACAUGCCUAGUACAAUUCCUUCCAUCCUUUUAUGAAAAUGUUAAAAGUCAACCCUCCUAACUUGACGAGAAACAUUAAAAAAUUGUGGGGAAACAAUGAAAACUUAGAAAGAUUCAACAAUUUUUUGUUUUGUUUUUGUUACAUCUUCCCACAAUUCCCACUUUCCUAACUCUUUUUCAGCUUAUACUGCCCUCCCUAGAAAUUUCAUGGAAAUGUGUAUAGUUUUCUCCCAAUUUUUGGACCUUUCCAUGUUUCUAUGCAGAGCAUAGAAAAGACAGAAAAGACAUGGAAUGCUGUCAAAAACUGAGUAUGAGUCCUAAAAAUUGUCUUAUUUUUAACGGUCUCUUACAAUUUUUGUCUACUUUUUUUCUUAAUCAAAAUAUCAAUGUAGUUAUUUAAAAUGGCUGAAUGACUGUCUUUUAUGAAGUCAAUUUUCUACUAUUCUUUCUCUGUUUUUGUUUGAUGAAAUUACUUCUAGGCUUCAAAAAAGCAUCAAAUCUUCAUUCAUCGUAGUGUUUUCUCUUCUAUAAUGCGUGAAGAAUCAAAUUUAAUGUUUAAGUUAUUAAUAAAAUUUUACAUUUUUCAUUUGGUAUCAUCUUUUACAAGUUAAAUAAACUCAGCCAAAUUUCAGGUUUGAUUGAUUAUUUUUGGGCCAUGCGGUGACCUCAAAACAUUUGGCUUCAUUGCAUCUUGUUUUCCUUUUUUUAUUGUUUAAUGCUCUUUGAAAGGAAAGGAAAUGAGUAAUGGCUCAGAGCUCAUUAAGCUCAAAUUCAUUGCUCCAGUAAAAAUGUAUGUAAAUAUUGUGACCACAGAGCAAUAUCCUACAUUUUUUUCAAUUUUACGAUUGGCAACAUGCCCAUUCUUAGUUCAAAAAAUAAGAAAAGAAUGUAUUAGAGUUGAAAACAGUUAGGGAAAAUGUCUCUGUAUUUUCAGUGACAAAAAAUGGUCAACGGAUGCAUGUCUGAUCAUGUCUAUGGUUCAAAUUUUGGUUCAAGUCUGUGAUUUUUUGGCAUGCCUCACUGAUUGUCAGUCCUCUGGCAUUAUGUAGUUCGGCAUUGUAAAAUUGGAAAUUGUGACUUAGGUGUUUAGCAGUAGGGAACCAACAAUUGCAGAGUGAACCUUUGUUGAAUCUACGGAAAGUACUUUUUGCAGGAUUUUUAAAAGUGAUGCAGAGCGUUGUGGACUUUUUUUUCUUCUUCUUCUUCUUCUUGGUCGGAUCCACUUUUUUUUUGUAAAAUUUGUCAUCGACCGAAAAUCAACAAGUCGACUCUUACUACCUUAUUUUGUAAAGCCGUCCAAAUGAAGUAGUAUUGUACCUUGAUUAUAUCAUAUUAGAACUUACUUGGCAGUAUCCAAUUGAUGUGAGAGAUUUUUUCUAGUUUCUCGAAGGUAUAUUAUCUCUUGUUUCAACCCAGAUAAGGUAUCAUCAUUACACAGCUCAGUCCCAGGCCUGAACAUCCGCUUCUCUAUUCUUGUCUCAGCUAGUUUCAGAACAUUAGUUUUUGCUUGUAGAGCUUGAUCGAUUUCAUUGAUUUCCUUCAUUAGCCUCUCCAUUUCUUGUUUUACCUGUUUUUCAAAUAGAAACCUAUUUUAAUAAUACCUGCAGGUAAUUGACAGUUAUGACAUAUGUAUGCCUUUUUUUAGAAUUGAAUAAAAACUAGAUUAUUACUUAAA